GCGCGCCAUUAUCAGACUUGGUCAAUACCUCCGGGACCCUCUACUUUUACUUAGGCCAUCUUAAACAGGAGACAUGAUGGUCACAAGGCAAUUAAACAGGGAUUCCACCCCAUUAUGACGUCAAUGGCGUGGUAGCCCCGCCCGCUCCUUAUAAAAGGAGCCCGCGUACCGCAGUCGGCUCAGCAGUUCGGUGGACAGUUCCAUGGUGCUGAAAGUAAGCCCAGGGUUUCGGGGCUCCGCGUCUGUUGGAAACUUUGCCCCAGCCAUGUUUGCAGGAGUUCGGUGCAGCCUCGUGUUGGCUUCUUUUUUAUUCCUGAGAGGAUGCGCCCAGAAUUUCGGGCAGACUCGGUUUAUCUGCACCUCGGUGCCGGUGGAUAUGGACAUGUGCACUUCUUCCAUGCAGAGCGGCGGCAGCACAGAGGACCUGAAGACCACCGUGUUACAGCUCCGGGAAACGGUGCUUCAGCAAAAGGAGACCAUCAUGAACCAAAAGGAAACCAUUAGGGAACUGACCACUAAGCUGGGCAGAUGUGAGAGCCAGAGCUUGCUGGAGACAGUCCCCAACGAAUCCAAAACGGGUGGGGGCUCCAACAGAAAGCAGACCGGCUCUUCCAAAAACACCAUGGGAGAUCUCUCCCGGACUCCAGCUGCCGAGACCUUGAGCCAACUUGGACAAACUUUGCAGUCACUUAAAACAAGGCUAGAAACCCUGGAGCAAUUCAGUAGGAUGAAUUCUUCGAGCCAGACCAAUUCCCUGAAGGAUAUACUUCAGAAUAACAUUGAUGACUUGGAGAAGCAAGUGUUGUCCCGAAUUAACAGCUUGGAAGAAGGAAAGUACAAUCCCAAGAAUGAGUCUGAAGAAAGAGGGAAAAUAGAAAGCACUUUAACUUCCCUUCACCAAAGGAUCAGUGACCUAGAGAAAGGUCAGAAGGACAACAGGCCAACAGACAAGUUUCAGCUGACUUUCCCCUUGAGAACUAACUACAUGUAUGCCAAGGUGAAGAAAAGCCUGCCAGAGAUGUAUGCCUUUACCAUUUGCAUGUGGAUAAAAUCCAACGCCUCACCAGGUGUAGGUACACCCUUCUCCUAUGCAGUACCUGGACAAGCCAAUGAACUGGUGCUUAUUGAGUGGGGCAACAAUCCGAUGGAGAUUCUUAUCAACGACAAGGUAGCAAAGCUCCCAUUUGUCAUUAAUGAUGGAAAAUGGCACCACAUCUGCAUCACAUGGACAACCCGGGAUGGUGUCUGGGAGGCUUAUCAGGAUGGCACACAACGAGGCAAUGGAGAAAACUUGGCCCCUUAUCAUCCUAUCAAACCACAAGGGGUCCUUGUCCUAGGACAGGAACAGGAUACCCUUGGCGGUGGAUUUGAUGCCACCCAGGCAUUCGUGGGGGAAUUGGCUCAUUUCAACAUCUGGGACCGAAAACUCACCCCAGGAGAGAUUUACAACCUGGCCACUUGCAGCACCAAAGCCCUGUCAGGUAGUGUCAUAGCCUGGUCUGAGACCAACAUUGAUAUUUAUGGUGGAGCCACCAAAUGGACAUUUGAAGCUUGUCGUCAGAUCAACUAAAAGUGCUGCUCUUCCCUCCCUCCCAUUCCAAAUCCAUUUAACCCUUGGUUAACAGACAUUCGCCCCACCCAGGAAUGAAUUAUGGACAAAUCUGUUUCCCUUCUUUCUUCUGUCUCUUUUCCCCCCUUCUUCCUUUCCUUUUAAAAUUCUGUUUGUUGUUCUAAAGCAUCAAUCAUGUUUUUUGUCUAGGAGACUUGGACCAAGUUUCUUAGACAACUUUAAGGCAACUUGGAACUUUGCAAUCUGACAAGUAGGGGAGAGGGUUCAUUGUCCCCCCCCCCGCCUCCCUCCUUUCUUUUGUCCCACUCCCCUCUGGAUUGAGACUUGAUUAUCUUUUCAUUUUGCUUUAUGAAGUCUCAUCAUGAACGGUCUGAUUUUUCUGGCUUGCCAACUUCGUUUCGAAGCCUGAGUGCCUUUGGGCUGGUGCGACUCUUUCAGCACAUUUGUCUUCAUUUGCAUAUACUUUUUAAAGGAUAUCUCUAUAUUCCUACUCUACUCGAUGUCUUUUAAGCAGCCAUUCACCUGUGGGCAGAUUUUUAUUUUCUAUUUUGUAUUACAAAAAAUAAUAAUAUUUGAGUGAUAGCAGGUUCAAAUGCUUUUGAAUGACACAUGAUGGUGGCUUGACUGUGGGUUAAGGAAGAUUUGGGGUGGGGGUAGAACUGUUUUCUUAGCUUUUCCAGGGCCCCCAUAGCCUCCCCCCAACUGUGUACAUUCCUGGCUAUGGACAGAGCACAACAGAGCCAUCUUUGCCCUUCAGGGCACACACAUGUGAGACUCAGGAGCAUUGCCAGGCCAAGUAUUCUAGACGGUUUGUCCAGAUCCUGGGAUAUUUGUAGGAGUAUUUGUCUCAUCUGUUUGAAUGGAGCUGCAGAACAGCUCCCUUCCCUACUCUGCCUUCAUUUUGCUGUAUAGCCUAAAGGAGCUGCCUCUGUUAGCCAUCACAGAACCUCUGCCUAGUCCAGAGUCACUUCCUUGCACAGGCAUUAGUUAUGGCUUCUCUCAAAACUCUGUGACCUGAAGAUAGUAGAGAAUUCCCUGAUUCAUUCCAUUCUCUCUCCCUUCUCAGUUCUGCAGUAAGCUCUUAAAUUGCCUUCUCCUCCAAAGGUAAAGCAUCUUGGACCUCCCACAGAACAUUUGGCUGGGAGAAGGGAAUCUUCCUCCCCAUCCCAUAUUUCCUUAUGAGACAGUCCCUCAUCAAUGCUCCUUUUUCUCUCUCACUAAGAGCCAUAAACCUGAAGGGCUGCGGGGGGCGGGGGGGCGGGGGGGCUGUCAGCUGCAAAGCAUGCUGUUGCAGUCUGAUUUCCAUGGCCACACUGCUGAGCUGAGAUUUUUGCCUUUUAAAUACAAAUUGGGUUCAUUGCAGGUGGCAGGAUGUAUAGUGCGAUGAGCCUUGCCUGCCCUAUGCUCAUUGGACCCAGUGGGAUUUGAGGUAUACUUUGCUUUCAUAAAGGUUAAGAGUCCUUCCUUUUUGAAGGGAAUAAAGGAACUGUUUGAGAGAGGUGGGUUUAUAUAUAUAGGAAAAAAGCAAAUGGGAAAGGAAGCAGAAUAAAGGGCAAACCCUGGUUUUGCUCCAAAGCCCUAGGGGAUUAAAACAAGGAUGUGGCCUCUCCACACAUCUGUUUGCUCAACAAUCAGCAAAGAGCCUGCACUAUAUUUUUAAAGCAACACAAGGGAUGCCUAAUGAACUGUAUGAAUGUGUGGAGCCCUGCACAAACCUCUCUGAAGGAGAAAAGUGCAUUUCUUUUUCUAAUAUAGUCAGACUUGUUUGUAACUUGAAAGGUAUCAACUAUCUGAGAAGGUAUAGCUGUUGGCCUUUCUCAUGGGGACUGUGGUUCGGUUGGGAGAGUGCCUCUUUCCCCACCUUUAGUGGCAACUGGUUGCCUAGUGCUGUGUUGUUUCAGUGAAGUGUGUUGGUUCUGUCCCAGUUUGUGGCACCCUUAGAUUUCCUGCAGGCUUACAGAGGAGGCAAGGGGUGCACUGUUGUUUCUUGCAUGUUUCAGUAGGUGCCUCAAUCGUGUUUUACCUGGUCUAAUGCUUGCCUGCUUGCAUGGGCUACUGCAGAGCUGUGGGGGUUUACUGAGCGAUAGUUCAUGCUAUAAAAAACAGUCAUCUGAGCACAUUCAUAGAGGACAGGUGUGGCUGAAAAAAGGUGACUAGGGAUGCAGCGUUCUUCCCUGUGAUAAACAGCACUACACCUUUUAAAAUCAUAUAUUUAAAAAUCCCAUGUAAAACCUUGGUGAUUAUUAAAUCAGUGGGAACAUUCCCUUCAGCCCCAUCUUUAAGCCCUGGGCACCCAGAACUCUCAGUUCAGCAAUUGAGCUGUCCCCAAAGGCAGCAGUGGAAGCCGUCCUUUAACCACCUCUGCCUUGCAACGUACACUGUGCUGUCGGAUCAGUCCUACUGACACUUACCAAACUGGAUGUGCUUGGAGCUGUCCCUUCAGUACCACUGUGGAUGGUCCUUUCUACUCCAGGCUUACUGGGAGUUGUACUUCCAUCACCAGGUUGUUCUAGAGAAUGUGGAGUAAAGAACUGACUCACCCAAACCAAGCCUUCUGCAUAAUAUGAUUGAUUUCCCUCUUGUGCGUAAUAAUACAUGCCUCUCUCAGGUAAUGUCCUUUGAUGAAAACAAAAAGACCACUGCACAAGCAGCGUGUUUGCCUAAAUAUGGUCUGACAGUUCCCAAAGGCCUCCUCCUAAAGAAAUGAUUCACUGGCCAUUUACACCGAUGUAGUUCCAUUGAAUACUAGAAGGCUACAUCAGUUUAGGAAGUCAAUGAAUCAUCUUUUGGCACUGGAUCCUAAACAUGUGUAACUAAAAAGUAAGUUCUAUUCACUUUUAUCGAGCUUACUUGCAAACAGUGUUUAGAAUCUCCGCUUAAGUGUCAUAGCCAUUGAAAUACCUUUUACUGUCCCUUGAAAGUUUAGUUACUGUUUGAAAUGUAAGCAUUUCUGCUUUUGUAAACUAAAAAAAAAAAAUCUUGUUGUAAAAGGAGUUUACUACCAAGAAAAGUAUUUUUUAUUAGAAGAGAAUAUAUAGGAAAUGAACUGAUAUUCCUGAAAAAAAUACUUUUAAGCUGCAAAUGAAGGAAAAAAGAAUGACAAAGCUUAUUUUGAAAUAGAUAAUAUUUUAUAUGGUUUCUUUUUUUAAAAAAAAGAACUCCUGGUUUGUACUAAUAGACUGAAGCCAUCACCCCUUUAAACAAUAUUCCCCUCUACCUUCCCAGUAAAGAAGUUUUUCCAGACUGGGGGAGGAAAGGGAGGGAUUAAGGACAAGCUCAUGAGGCUUAAUGAGCCAUUUUGACCAAUUCUAAAGCUAUGGCAAAUGAAUAUGCAACAUGGAUAGGCAUGUAAUAGGCAGUUCAAGGAUGAUGCUGCACUAUGGGAAGGCUGCUGCUAGUCAGAGAUCUGUGGGUCAUGUGACCACCUAUAGACACAAUGCUAGAGUGCUGGGAGGGGGAAAUCUAUCUGUAAUUGACACAAACCCAACCUAGAUAUCUAUCUUUUAAAUCUCUGCUCAGGGCAGCAUAUUUUAAGCAGUGUUAUUUGAAAAUAAAAUUGUACCUUGUAAGAUCAAUCUGUUAACGAUCCUUAUUGGAAACUUUCUUGCAACUAAUAAUGAAUGUAAGUACAAUUUGAUGAAGGGGGGAAACAUGUUAAGAAAAAGAAAUCCAGUCCAAAUUGCAUGUGAUUUGCCAAAAUUAAAAAGGGUGAUAGUGAUAACAAUUGUAUAUACUGUACAGUGUGAAAGAGGAUAAAUGUUUCUGGAGUUAUCAUUCUGUUAACCAAAGCUGUAUAUUUUUCCUAUUUCUUCUAUCAGUCUUUACUGGGUUUUGAAUGAGUUGUUAUAUCUUACAUCCACAGUCCACAUCAGCAGUUCUGAAAAUGCACUGUUUCUACUGGCUCUCUUCAUGCUUCCCUCCCUCCCAUUUUAUUGCUGGAACUACAUGAAUUGUCGAAUUUAUUUUUACACAAUAAAGAGUGAUGAAAGACAA